AUGCGUAAUGUGAGGCUGGGAGGAUCAGCCCCACUGUGGAGGCCCAGCCCCCCUCAGAUCAGCCCCAUUGUGGAGUCCAGCCCCCCUCAGAUCAGCCCCACUGUGGAGGCCCAGCCCCCCUCAGAUCAGCCCCACUGUGGAGGCCCAGCCCCCCUCAGAUCAGCCCCACUGUGGAGGCCCAGCCCCCCUCAGAUCAGCCCCAUUGUGGAGGCCCAGCCCCCCUCAGAUCAGCCCCACUGUGGAGGCCCAGCCCCCCUCAGAUCAGCCCCACUGUGGAGUCCCAGCCCCCCUCAGAUCAGCCCCACUGUGGAGUCCCAGCCCCCCUCAGAUCAGCCCCACUGUGGAGGCCCAGCCCCCCUCAGAUCAGCCCCACUGUGGAGGCCCAGCCCCCCUCAGAUCAGCCCCACUGUGGAGGCCCAGCCCCCCUCAGAUCAGCCCCAUUGUGGAGGCCCAGCCCCCUCAGAUCAGCCCCACUGUGGAGUCCCAGCCCCCCUCAGAUCAGCCCCACUGUGGAGUCCCAGCCCCCCUCAGAUCAGCCCCACUGUGGAGGCCCAGCCCCCCUCAGAUCAGCCCCACUGUGGAGGCCCAGCCCCCCUCAGAUCAGCCCCACUGUGGAGGCCCAGCCCCCCUCAGAUCAGCCCCAUUGUGGAGGCCCAGCCCCCCUCAGAUCAGCCCCCACUGUGGAGUCCCAGCCCCCCCUCAGAUCAGCCCCACUGUGGAAGGCCCAGCCCCCCUCAGAUCAGCCCCACUGUGGAGGCCCAGCCCCCCCUCAGAUCAGCCCCACUGUGGAGGCCCCCAGCCCCCCUCAGCCCUGCAGUUCCCCCCACGCCUCCACAGGGUGGCACUACAGCCAUGCUCUUCUCCUGUCUGGAGAAAGUUGAUUGGUCUGGGCCUCACUUCUCCAGAGGGCCCCUGGGAUCAGCCGAGCUGACCAGCCUUCAGACCCUCCAACAAAAACUCCGCGCAGCCCAGCCCUGCAAGAUACCACGGCCUGGCAACAAACCGAGGCAGUCUGGGCCUCACUUCUCCAGAGGGCCCCUGGGAUCAGCCGAGCUGACCAGCCUUUCAGACCCUCCAACAAAAACUCCGCGCAGCCCCCAGCCCUGCAAGAUACCACGGCCUGGCAACAAACCGAGGCAACGUCCCGACCUGAGGAGACCUGAACAGUCCGAGGAGCUGGACCUGGAGGCCCAGGACCCCACUCUGCUGCCCCCCAGACAUAUUGACCAUAUCUGGGCUCUGGUGCUGGCGGGGGGUCAUCUAGGGCUGAACCCUCGCCUCCUCUCCCCAUGGGGCCCUGCCCCCAAGCAGGCCCCUGAUCGACCCCCCCCUCCCCCCCGUGGAGCUGCUCCCAGACAGCUGUGCCCGGCGGCCCAGGGUAUCUCCUACAGACCCUGCUAG